CCUAUCAGUGACAACAUGCUUGCAGCCCAGGCUCUGGUCUAUGGGGUGGUCAGCGAGCAAAACCCAGAGAUCCCUGCCUGGGGCUUGCAUUACAGCGGGAGUGAAAAGGGAAGCACUCAACACAUAAAACGCCGAGGUAAAUUGGGACAUUCACAAUGCACAGAAACAGAGGUUAUUGAAUCUUUGGGAAUUAUUAUUUAUAAAGCAUUGGACUAUGGUUUGAAAGAGAAUGAAGAAAGGGAAUUAAGCCCUCCCCUGGAGCAGCUUAUUGAUCAGAUGGCCAACACAGUGGAGGCUGAUGGUAGCAAUGAUGAAGGCUAUGAGGCUGCAGAUGAAGGCUUGGAAGGGGAAGAAGAAAAAAGAACAAUCUCAACUAUCAGGUCCUAUAGAGAUGUCAUGAAGCUAUGUGCUGCUCAUCUCCCAACUGAAUCAGAGGCACCACAUCAUUAUCAGGCAGUAUGUCGUGCACUGUUUGCAGAAACAAUGGAGCUACAUACAUUUCUUACUAAAAUUAAGAGUGCAAAGGAGAAUCUUAAGAAGAUUCAAGAAAUGGAAAAGGGUGAUGAAUCGCCCACAGACCUGGAGGAACUGAAAAAUGCUGACUGGGCUCGAUUCUGGGUACAGGUGAUGAGGGAUUUACGAAAUGGAGUAAAACUUAAGAAGGUCCAGGAACGGCAGUAUAACCCUUUGCCCAUUGAAUAUCAGCUCACCCCUUAUGAGAUGCUAAUGGAUGACAUUCGCUGCAAAAGAUACACUUUGCGGAAAGUGAUGGUGAAUGGUGAUAUUCCCCCUCGGUUAAAAAAAAGUGCCCAUGAGAUCAUCCUGGACUUCAUCAGGUCAAGACCUCCUUUAAAUCCAGCUUCAGCCAGAAAACUGAAACCCACUCCACCCCGGCCACGGAGUCUCCAUGAGAGAAUAUUAGAAGAAAUCAAAGCAGAAAGAAAGCUGCGGCCUGUAUCACCAGAAGAGAUUAGACGUAGCAGAUUAGAUGUAACUACUCCUGGAUCUCCAAAGAACACUGUAGAAUCAUCGGUGGUAAAUGGAGGUUUAACAUCACAAACAAAAGAAAAUGGGUUAAGUGCAGAACAACAGGUGCCUGUACAGCGAAAGAAACUCCUCAAAGCCCCAACUCUGGCUGAACUGGACAGCUCUGACUCUGAGGAGGAAACGCUGCACAAGUCAGCCAGCAGUAGCAGUGUGUCUCCCUCCUUCCUGGAGGACCCCUUACUGGAAGCUGUGUCCACUAGGAAGAAACCUCCAAAAUUCUUGCCCAUAUCAUCAACACCCCAGCCAGAGAGACGGCAGCCACCACAGAGACGACAUUCCAUUGAAAAGGAAACACCUACUAAUGUGAGACAGUUUCUGCCACCAUCCAAGCAAAACUCCCGAUCUCUUGUUCCUAGGAUAACCAGUGUAUGGCCAAGGACACCUUUUCGACCACUUUUUUCUACCAUACAAACAGCUUCUCUGCUCAGCUCUCAUCCUUUUGAAGCAGCCAUGUUUGGGGUAGCAGGGGCUAUGUAUUAUCUCUGUGAAAGAGCUUUUACCAGCAGGUGGAAAUCCUCAAAGGAGGAGUUCUGCUACCCAGUGGAGUGUCUAGCUCUGACUGUUGAGGAAGUGAUGCAUAUUCGCCAGGUCCUGGUGAAGGCAGAGCUGGAAAAAUAUCAACAGUAUAAAGAUGUCUACACUGCCCUGAAAAAAGGAAAGCUCUGCUUCUGUUGCCGAACUAAGAGAUUUUCUUUCUUCACCUGGUCUUACACAUGUCAGUUCUGUAAGAGGCCAGUAUGCUCACAGUGUUGCAAAAAGAUGCGCCUGCCCUCCAAGCCAUAUUGCACUCUUCCUAUCUUUUCACUGGGACCUUCUACCUUGCAAAGAGGGGAAAGUUGUAUGAGGCCAGAAAAACCUUCCACUAGCCACCAUCGGCCCCUUCGGAGCAUUGCUAGAUUUUCCUCAAAAUCUAAGUCUGUGGACAAAUCAGAUGAAGAACUACAAUUUCCCAAAGAAUUAAUGGAGGACUGGAGUGCUAUGGAGGUGUGUGUAGACUGCAAAAAGUUUAUUUCGGAAAUCAUCAGCUCAAGCCGGCGUAGCCUGGUGUUGGCCAACAAAAGAGCACGAUUGAAAAGGAAGACCCAGUCUUUCUAUAUGUCCUCAGCAGGCCCCUCGGAAUACUGCCCUUCAGAGCGGACUAUCAAUGAAAUCUGAGCCUUGUGCCUUUUGGUUGUUUUUGUGUUCAGAGUCAGGUUUAAUGCAGGGGAACACUGAGCUGGACUAUCUCUCCUGGCCGUGGAUUUAGUUAAUAGGCUUGAAUUUGCAUUAGACCAGGCUUUUCUUGCAACACUUUGUUCCACAGACUGAAUGCUGUGUUCAUAUCAAUUGAUGAUACGUGACCAGUCAGCCAGUAGCUCCUUUGCACUGAGAGACAUCAGUCUGAAACUUGCUUUUGUGUGUAUGUGGAUUUGGAGGCCAGAAACUUUUUCCUUGGUUCCUUACUGUUGCUCAAAUAAUUUUCUGACCAAGAAAAAAAGCUUCUCAUGAGAGAAAUGAGCCUAACAAAGGUAUCGAUGUUAGCACAGUUCUACGCAGUAAGUCAUAUUGGCACUUCCACCUGACAGUGUUCCUAGCUAAUGUACAUAGUGAGCAGUACCCCACCAGGCCCCAAACACCUGCAGGCGGGGCAGAACUGUUUAUCGUCUCAUAGCACAGACUCUAGAAGGAUUUGCUACUACUGUCAAACUAAUUUUAAAUUAUUGUUGCUCUGAGAUAAAGUAUACAGGAGAGACUUCAUGCCUAUAUUCUAGUGUAUCUGAAUAAGCUGUACACCCACGUGGGUGACCAUUUCUAAUAAGCUGCUUUGUUUGCCCCAGUGCAGAGGAGCAGUACUCUCUUGAGCAGGUGUCAGGUUUUCAUUCCCUCUCUUGAAUGUACUAUGGUUCCAGUAGUUUUAUAAUGGACAAAACUAACCAUGUUUUGUGAGAGUUUCAGG